AUGGCUCGCACCAAGCAGACCGCCCGUAAGUCCACUGGUGGCAAGGCUCCCCGUAAGCAACUUGCCUCGAAGGCCGCUCGUAAGAGUGCGCCCUCUACCGGUGGUGUCAAGAAGCCUCACCGCUAUAAGCCUGGUACCGUCGCUCUGCGUGAGAUUCGACGAUACCAGAAAUCCACCGAGCUUUUGAUCCGCAAGCUGCCAUUCCAGCGUCUGGUUCGUGAAAUCGCACAGGAUUUCAAGAGUGAUCUCCGUUUCCAGUCCUCUGCCAUCGGCGCCCUUCAGGAGUCUGUCGAGUCAUACCUCGUCUCUCUCUUCGAAGACACCAACCUCUGCGCCAUCCACGCCAAGCGUGUCACCAUCCAGUCCAAGGACAUCCAGCUCGCUCGUCGCCUCCGAGGCGAACGUAACUAA